AUGGCAGUCAAGUGGCGUGAUCUUCUCUACACGCUGAAACGAAGGCGAGUCUUCGAACCAGAUCAGCUAGACGCGGGAAAUCUGAGACGAUGUCUGUCAGUAUGGGACCUAACGGCCUUGGGUGUGGGGGGCUCGCUGGGAGUGGGGGUGUACGUGCUAGUGGGCUCCGUGGCGCUUCGUCUGGCCGGACCCUCGAUAGUACUCUCCUUCCUUAUUGCAGCUGUAGCAGCGGUUGUUGCUGCAAUGUGCUUCGCGGAGCUGGGAUCGCGAGUGCCGAAAGCUGGUUCCGCCUACAUAUACACGUAUGUGACUGUUGGAGAAAUAGUCGCCUUCAUUAUAGGUUGGAACAUGAUCCUGGAACUGGUCUUUGGGACAGCGAGUGUCGCCCGAGGUCUCAGUAUGUAUGUGGACUCCGUCACCAACAAGAGCAUGUCCUCGUGGAUGGAGUCCGUCGUUCCAAUUUACUCUGAUUACUUCUCCUCCUACUUUGACAUCUUUUCAUUCUUCGUGGUCGUCUUUUUGGGGGUGCUGCUAGCUGUUGGUGUCCGCGAGUCAACAUUCGUGAACAACAUGUUGACAGUCGUCAAUAUGAUCGUCAUAGUAUUCAUUAUAUGCGCAGGCGCAUUCAAAGCGGAUUUCAGUAAUUGGAAUAUCCCACAGAGCGAGGUGCCGCCAGGUUGUGGUGUGGGAGGGUUCUUCCCUUAUGGCGUCUGGGGCACGCUGAGAGGGGCCGCAAUGUGCUUUUAUGGAUUCGUCGGAUUUGAUAGCAUUAGCUCUACUGGAGAGGAGGUCCGAGAUCCUCGUCGUGCUAUACCCAUAUCAAUAAUGGGUACGCAGGUAAUAGUGUUCCUGGCGUACGCGGGCGUGUCCAUCGUUGUCACUAUGAUGAUGCCUUACUACUUACAGGAGACCGUAGCUUCAGUGGCGACGUCAUUCACUUACGUGGGCUGGGACUGGGCGCGGUGGUUCGUCACAGCCGGCGCGGUCGUCGGAAUAUCAGCUAGUCUGUACGGCUCGAUGUUUCCUCUCCCUCGUCUGCUAUAUUCGAUGGCUUCAGACGGUCUUCUGUUUCACUGGCUAUCCAAAGUGACUUCCAAGAGAAAAUCACCAACCGUCGCCACUAUACUAUCUACAGUGGUUAUUGCUUUACUAGCAGCUUUAUUGGAGUUGAACGAUUUAAUUCUGAUGAUGUGUAUCGGUACACUAUUGUCUUACACUAUUGUCGCUUCCUGCGUUAUUCUAUUGAGAUACCGCGCGAACACACCAUCACACGAAUUGCCUGCUAAACACGUUGUUAAUAUCGGUCGCAGAUUACCGACGAAGACGACAUCAAAUAUUGUUGUUAUAUUACUUCUAUUAUUCAUAUGUGCGUGUGUUUCGUCCGCGGUGGUCGUGACCCACGUGUUUGAGCCCCUUGUCGGAGCCUGUACCAUACAUGCGGCGGGUCUACUACUGCUGGUUGCGAUGGCACUACAGCCACAGAAUGAGGAGGAUUUAACUUUUCAGUGUCCCCUCGUGCCUAUGAUUCCUUGUAUAAGUAUAUACGUCAACAUACAUCUGAUGAUUCUCAUAAAACUUCAGACCUGGAUACGUUGUUUGUGCUGGAUAGCAAUCGGUAUACCAGUUUAUAUAUUCUGUGUCUGUUGUUAUAAGCAAAAAGUGGAAAAUUACACAGAGAACAAUGCAAACUCCCCACAAGCGAACGGCAAGGCACCGGUUCAGAUAUUCGUUGUGUCACCAACACCUCCCGGUACUAUGGGUCGUAGUAACCAAGGAGGAGGCUACGAUCAUGAUGACGACAUACGAGUAGACUUGAAACAAAAUAUCAUACAUAUUAAAGAACCGGUUAUAACCGAAGAGAUUAUAGUUCAACACGCUUACAUCGGGGACAACGAAGAGAAAGAAGCAAAGAUUAUAGAUUUACUGGACCAGGUGCUACAGGCUGAAGAAGAUUCUUAUGAGGAGAUAAUAAGUUUGAAAGAACAUAAGGAAGAACCUCAAGAAGAAGUCACAACUCCAGAAAUGAAAACGCAUAGAAAAUCGUUGAGUGAAAUAUCUGAUGCCGGGUCGGAUGUAUCUACCCAGGUGCUAUCUAAAUACGAUGUGAUUGCUCAAGUUCAUAGAGAAGAUUUACCGAAACUCACAGAAGAAGAAGAGAAAAGCGACAAAGAAACAGAAAGCAGCGAUAAUGAAAUCCCCGAGAACGAAGAUCUUAAUUGCAAUGGUAGCGAUACUAACUCUAGGACAGACGAGUCUGGUUAUUCGGAUACACUCGAUAAAACAGUUCUAGGUGAAUCAAUAGAAGAUUUAAAAGAGGCAGAAGAAAUACCGAACAUACCAGUCCCACCGCCGUUAGACGAAAACUUCUUCGCCAGUCCAACAUUUAAAAAAUCAUACACUAUAUCUGUUAGACCACCGAAAAGACAAAUCGAACAAGAAGACAACAAACCCAGGGAGAGUGUUGAUUCAAAUCAUUCCUACGACGACGCACCGAUGGUGUUUGGAAGCGAUAAGCAAAUGAAUUUUAUGUCCAAAUUAGAAAAUAUCUUUCAAAGUAAAAUGGCAAAUGACAAUGAAGAAGACCCUCAUAGAAAAAGAUCAAAUUCAACCGGUAAUGUAGUGGAUAGUCCAAAUUUACAGCCAAUACGACCGGUACUGUUUCUUGAUCUAAAAAAGGAAAUAGUGUCAAGAGAAGUGGCCCAGAAUUUACGUCAUGUAGAUACAGAAGACAAAAAAGAAUCUUCUGAGGAAGAAGAAAAAGACGUCAGUAUGAGCCGCGAAGAUCUAAAAUCGAAAUUAGAAAAUAUAUUUGCGGUGGGUGGACCGCAAUUAAUAAAAAGUAGAUUAAUGAAAUCCAAUCCUCCCACGCCUGAAGAGGCCUAUCAUACUGACGGUUCAAGUACAGAGAGUAUACCUAAAGUGCCUACAAAGGAAAAGAACGACACGUUAAAAAGACAAAAGACCAAAUUUGGUGAAGUUCUGAAUUCUUUACGGAUGAUGAACAACGAUGAUAAAGUAUAG